GCCAUUUUGGGCUCAUCCAAGCGAGCUCCCGGAGGGCACCUCUGUGACCCUGGGUUCCCAGCUGUGACUUGGAAGAGGGUCCCACCGGCUCUGAAGUGAGGCUGUCCACGGAGGCUCCGAGAACUCCCUUGCUGAUGUCCAUGGAGGUGAACUACCCAGCACCCCUCAGGCUCUUGGAACUUGCAGCCCACAGCCUGCUGAGCAAUGAGGCUUCAGUUCUACUGGUGUUGGAACAGCUCACAGUGAACCUUUUCCCGCCACUACUCACUGCUGCAUUUGCCAAGGGGCACAGAAAGGCUCUGAAAGCCUUGGUGCAGGCCUGGCCCUUCCCCUUUCUCCGUCUGGGCUCUCUGAUAGUGCAGUGGCCCAACCAAGACAGCCUGCAAGCUGUGGUGAAUGGGCUGGAGGCCUUUUCUGCCCACAGGGCUUGUCCCAGGAAGUCAGAACUGAGGAUGCUGGAUUUCACCCUGGACUCUGAGCAAGUCCACAGUAAAGGGGCUUCUGAAGCCUUGGCCAAGUUCCCAUUUUGGUUACCAUCAGCAGUCAAGGCAGAGAUGCCCCAGGCCACGGCCAGGCCCAAGCCAGCAGAGAACACGAAAAAAGGACCAAAGCAGCCAUGGGAAGCAGUGGAAAUACACAUUGAUCUUUUCCUGCGAGGCCCCUUCAAGUUAGAUAAGUUCCUCUCCAGCCUCCUGACGAAAGUGGAACAGAGCCACGGGGCUCUGCAUCUCUGCUGUAGGAAGUUGCACAUUGAGGAGAUGCCCUUCCACAGUCUGCUGGGGAUCCUGAAGACACUCAAGCUGGAUUUCAUCCAGGAGCUGGAGGUGUUUGACUGGUUUGACUGGUUCUGGGCAUUGUCAGAUCCAAACCUAUCUGCCACACAGCUGGGAAGGAUCUUCAACCUGCGCAGCCUCAAGCUCAUCUACUACAACUGGGCCUUCUCCUCGUGGGGUGAGCGGCCCUCCAGCUACUUCCUCUCCCAGCUCACCAGGCUGGGCCACCUCCAGAAGCUGCACCUGUCUUACUCCUACCUCUCAGGCAACCUACAUUACGUGCUCAGCUCUCUGUGGGUCCCACUGCAUUCCCUGGAGAUCUGCUACUGCAGGCUUCUAGACACUGACAUCACCUACUUGUCCCAGAGCCCUCAUACCACCUGCCUGAAGAAGCUGGAUCUGAGUGGCAACAACCUGUCCUACAUGAUCCCUAGGCCCUUGGGGACCCUGCUGAGAGAGGUCUCAGGGACACUGCAGCACCUAGACCUGAACCACUGCCGGCUGAAGGAUGCUCACCUCAGUGCCCUCCUGCCCUCCCUGUGCUGCUGCUCCCACCUCAGUUCCCUGAGCCUCUCCGACAACCCCAUCUCCAGUGCCUGCCUCCUGAGCCUGCUGGAGCACACGAUGAGGCUGAUGGAGCUGAAGCAGGUACUCUAUCCCAUCCCAGUUGACUGCUGCAUGUACCUGCAUGGCCUCUCCUGGGGUCCUGUGAACAAGGACAAGCUGUGCCAGUUGCAGGCUGAGAUACAGAAGCAGCUGCAGGCCAUGCAGCGGGCUGACAUGCAGUGGAGCCCCGCUGCCCUUGCUUAUGCAGCUGGUGCAGUUUGA